AUGGCCGUGGCACCACCUCCUCUCUCAUACGCCGAGCGCAUUAAGCCUCAAGCGGACGCUCCUGUGCGUCGUGAAAUCGCUGCACGGUCAACUAUCUCGUUGGCAGACAUUACGAAGAACAAUAUCAACCAGGUACGGCGCCUGAAUGCCCUACUCCUGCCGAUCGAAUACGAGGAGAAUGUGUACGAUAUUGCCCUAGCAGAGGAUACAAAUCCAAUUUGUAAGUUGGGUUUGUUUAAUGAUAUCCCUGUGGCAAAUAUUUGUUGUCGCUUGGAAGAAGGAAAAGAUGUGACAACGUGGAAAGUCUAUGUAAUGACACUGGCUGUGCUCAAACCUUACCGUCGACUAGGCAUAGCUGAUGCACUUUUAAAGCAUCUACUGGAAACUGCAGCAUUGGGAUCCACCUUUGCAGGACGUCGUAUUAAUUCCAUCUACCUGCAUGUGCAAACGGGCAAUGAAGCAGCGAAGCGGCUGUACGAGCAGCACGGGUUCCAAAUUGUGGAUACCGUAGACAACUACUACAAAACACUGCAGCCAUCGAGUGCAUGGGUACUGGAAAAGCGCGCAUGA